AACUCGCAGAAACCACUGAACACAAGUUGCGUUGCCAAGGAGCUACACUACCUAACUUGACAGAUAUCUACUUCUGGCCUACACACUAGCAUUGCUGCUGCAAGAUCACCAGUUUCUAUUCACGUUUCAUAAUGCAUUGCCUUUUAAAACCCCAACUAGCUAGCCUGCAAAUCUCCCCAUGACCAACCCAUUGCGCCCGGAACUACGAUCGAUGAGCGGCCAUCCCAUCCAAACUACCGUACAUGUACGAACUCCUCACAAUUCACAGCUGCGCAGUGAUCAGCUGACUUCACAAGGGAAGGCCAUCGAAAGGCAUGUCACCCAUGGCGAAACGGUGGGAUUGAUCAUUGAAUUGGGCACUUUACUGGAGCUUGGUGUUGGACACAGUUCCACUUUCCCGGCUGAGGGGGCCAACUCUCUCCGUCCCAAUGUUUGUGGGGGUUAUCGGUUUAGGGUAGCGGCACGGUGGACAGUCGUACUCAGAGUAGCCUUAAAAUAGAAUUCUAUUCUUAGUUCACAGUUCCACAACCGUGACUCUUGUGCCGCACCAAAAAGUCACCAUGUAAGAUUGGUUGACAGCUCUGCCGCUUGCGAAUGAGAUCCAAAAUGGCAGACGCCGCAGACUAGCAGACGGUCGCCAUUCUCCUGUCCCCACAUGCAAGAAGCCUUACCACAAUCCUCGACCAAUGUCCAUGGCUUUGUCUGCUUUGGAGGUAUCCCUCAGCAACCCUACCGGUACCCGAGUCUCCCACUCACAUUCGAGUUGGAAUGAACUCCCAUUCUGGAUGUUUCGUUUACAGGAUCCUUCACUCAAUUGCAGUACGAUCUAUUCAAUCUACUGAUGACGAAUUCAAAGCGGGAAGAUCUUUCAAAACAGGAGACCUGGCAUCAGUUGAUCUUGUCGUCGAAGCCAGCAAUGGCGAGGGUCCUUUCCUGAGACUUUCCGAUGGAUCUGGCUGGAUAUUCGAGCAGAAACCAGGCAAUGACACUCGCUCUGCGGAACCUGCCGUCGUUGAAACUGGAUGUUGGUGCUUCUAUGUCGACAACUUUCCUGCGGGAAUGGCUCUGAGGAACAAUCCAAUGGACCAGCUUCAAGAUCACAAGCAGGGUAUUCCACUGCAUCAGGAAAUCUUGCUUCCUAUGGAGAAGGUCUACUGCGACCGAAGAGUAAGGGGCCUUGCUGGCCAGCAUUUUUAUCGCGUCCAAGGACGACCUUAUGCAUCCUGGGUCUUUGACAAACGAAUUAGAUCGGACAAAACAGUUGUUAUCAUGAUGCAGCCAGAGAGUCAAAUCCGGGUUGGGCUCUUCGCGUUCGAAACAAUCCGCAAAAUUGCCAUCCGAUCCAAGCCUGAUGUUGGCGACGAUACAAAGACAUCGUGGUCCGUGAAGGAGGGUGAGAUUAUUGUCUGUGACAUUGUGCGAGAAUCGCCACAUCCUUACGGUAAUGGACCCUUCCUGCGGCUUACGGACGGAAGUGGCUGGUUGUUUGUCAACAAGUAUGGCGAUGCCAUGAUGAGGGAAGUGCAGGUCGAACAAGGCGAAUGGACUUGUAAAGUCAGGAACUUGGGAAGCAGUGUUCUGUUGAGGAAACAGCCAACUUAUCGCAAAGGGAAGGCCUUCGAAGAUUCGUUUCAGCCCAACCAUGUGUUUCAGUGCGAUCGAAGGGUUCCAGCGUCGCGGAUAUCCAGCGCAUCCUUCUUUCGUGUCAAGGGUACACGGGGAUGGAUCUUUGACUACAACAAAGACGGUACAAAAAUACUGGAUCUCCUUUCUGGUGGACCAAGCAUUAAAGUCUGCGAAAACUUGCCGACAGACCCCGCUUGGUCAGUCCUAGACGUGCGGAUUUUGGCAGCUGCCAUACCCGCCAUUCACGAGAUUGAUCACAACUUUCAUAGUCGUGUGAUCUCAUUUAGUGAUCCGGAUGGAGGGAGAACAAACGUGUACUACACGACAAGGACCGUGGGCACAGCACUAAAUCAUCCAAAUCAAGGCAAAACACAGCUGUUUCGGCGCAACUGCACCAAAGAGGACCUAGCCGAGAUUUUGAGAAACCCUAGAGUGCACACGGGCCGAGGUUACUAUAGAUUAUCUAAGCGUCAGAAAGUACAAUCCUCAGGAGACGAGAUUGACGUAGAAGACGACUUGCGAGAUCGCUUGACAGAAGCAGACGACAAGAUAAGCAAGCUGAUGGAUAGGAAGAAGGAACUGUGCAAGUUGAUUGGUGUCCACCAAGCACGUCGCGCGAAACGCAACGCACAGAUGAAAGCACGACAAAAACAACACAAUUCUAGGCUUCGGCUAGAACAAAAAAGACGGCAGGCGCUAGCUCAAGAAGCACUUGAAAGGGCAGAACUUACCUGCAACGUGUGUGGGAAAGAGUUUGGAAGUACUCAUGCUCGCAAUGAUCAUUUUGCAGCAGUACAUCGAACUUAUAACUGUGAUGUUUGUGGCAAGUUCUUCAAGAACCUGAAUGCGAUGAACCAACACAAGAAUGCGGUGGGGCAUUGGUAGGUUUUCGAGACAACGAUACAGAUGUACAUCCGAGGUUCCUCAGAAGGCGUGCCAUUGUUGGUUGGGUGGGAGUUCUUGGCAGGCUACUGCUAUCGCUAUCGAAGACUAAGACUUGCUAUUUUAAAAUAGAUACAUUGUGGAUGUAGGGCUCGUUCCGUCGCCAACCUGAAGCAAGCUGGGGUGGAUGAGCACUACAAGAUAUAUGAUACAGAAAUUCUGAGGAGCUAAAAGCUCGGGUGAUUCGGAGCACG